GGGAGACAAGAUCAACCCAGGCAGCUUGAGAGUACGAUCGAGAGAAAAGCCGCGGAGAGGAGGACGAAAAGCUGGUGGACGUCAGGGCACACGGGGGACACAGUCGACGCCUUCGGGAAGAAAAGGGUGGACUUCACUCAGCGAGAGCGUGCCUCGCUGGUUUCCCUCCUCGUUUUUCGGGAAGAGUCGCGCUCGCCCGGGAGUGGAGCGGGGGCCAGGGGGGAGAGGGGGAGAGAAGGGCUGAGGCAGCCAUGAACUUCAGCAGCCUGUUCUCCUUCACCAGCCCGGCGGUGAAGCGGCUGCUGGGCUGGAAGCAGGGCGACGAGGAGGAGAAGUGGGCCGAGAAGGCGGUGGACACGCUGGUGAAGAAGCUGAAGAAGAAGAAGGGCGCCAUGGAGGAGCUGGAGCGGGCGCUGAGCUGCCCCGGCCAGCCCAGCAGCUGCGUCACCAUCCCGCGCUCGCUGGACGGCCGCCUGCAGGUGUCCCACCGCAAGGGCCUGCCGCACGUCAUCUACUGCCGCGUGUGGCGCUGGCCCGACCUGCAGUCCCACCACGAGCUCAAGGCUCUGGACUGCUGCGAGUUCCCCUUCGGGUCCAAGCAGAAGGAGGUGUGCAUCAACCCCUACCACUACAAGAGAGUGGACAGCCCUGUGCUCCCUCCAGUGCUGGUCCCCAGGAACAGCGAGUUCAACGCCAAGCACAGCAUGCUGCCGUGGUUCCAGCAGAACGAGCUGCGCAUGCCCCACAACGCCACCUUCCCGGACUCCUUCCCCCAGGGCAACGGUCUGCCCGCCGCCCCCCGCUCGCCCGGCAACAGCUACCCCAGCUCCCCGGGGAGCGGGACGGGAAGCGGCUCUGCAUUCCCACACUCCCCCACUUGCUCCGACCCUGGCAGCCCCUUCCAGAUACCAGAUGUUCAGCCGGUCGCCUACGAGGAGCCCAAACGCUGGUGCUCCAUCGUCUACUACGAGCUGAACAACCGCGUUGGCGAGGCCUUCCACGCCGCGUCGGCCAGCGUGCUGGUGGACGGCUUCACCGACCCCUCCAACAACCGCAGCCGCUUCUGCCUUGGCCUGCUGUCCAACGUCAACCGCAACUCCACCAUCGAGAACACCAGGCGCCACAUUGGCAAAGGCUUCCACCUGUACUACGUCGGGGGCGAGGUGUACGCCGAGUGCCUGAGCGACAGCAGCAUCUUCGUCCAGAGCCGCAACUGCAACUACCACCACGGCUUCCACCCCACCACCGUCUGCAAGAUCCCCAGCGGCUGCAGCCUCAAGAUCUUCAACAACCAGGAGUUCGCCGAGCUCCUCGCCCAGUCCAUCCACCACGGCUAUGAGGCCGUCUACGAGCUCACCAAGAUGUGCACCAUUCGCAUGAGCUUCGUCAAGGGCUGGGGUGCGGAGUACCACCGCCAGGACGUGACCAGCACCCCCUGCUGGAUCGAGAUCCACCUGCACGAGCCGCUGCAGUGGCUGGACAAAGUGCUCACACAGAUGGGGUCGCCGCACAACCCCAUUUCCUCCGUGUCCUAGCCCACAGCCGGCCCCCCACGCCCAAAAUCCAGCCCAGGGGCUUCAGGAGGGGAGGAAGGGGGACAGCGGGGUGGGUUGUGUGUCCUACUUGAAGGCUGUGUGAAUCGGACACACUGCAGACCGGCAGGGGCCUGGCUGGGGGAGGUGGAGUCAUCUAGGAGGCGCUUGACCUAUUUGACCAACAGUGAUAAUCAGACCAUCAGUCUGCAGUCUCACUGCAGAAGUACCAUCACUAGACUGAUGUCAUUUCCUUUCAUUUCCAGUUUACAACACAGGACUCCACUUUGACUACAAGAAGCACAGUAGAGUAUUAAAGCAGAUUUUAAAUGACUGGCUAAAUGCUGAAAGGCUCCAGCCUGAAGUGAAUGCAUUAGCAAACAGCUAGAUUACACCAGAUGAGAUCAGUCAUUAAAAAAGUAAAAAAUCUCCCUAAAGACAACAUAAAAACCCCUUGUUCAUUUACACAAUCCAUUCAGCUGUUGGAACUCCAAAGGGGCGGGAGCGGAUGGGGUGUCAGGGGUGGGAGGGUGUGCUUAAUGUUACGAUACUUGUGUUACAGUAGUUAAAUUAGCGCAUAGGUGUGCUCACUAUCAGAAGGUUCCACUCAGUGCUUUGCGGCCCGUUUUGGAGUGUAAUCUUGCAGGGUGGUGCUGGCAGAGGCAGAGAUGAGCGCAGUUUGAAGAGAUGCAGUCGGUGCAGCUGGCGUGUUCUUGCCUAUUUCCGCUGAAAACCUCCCUCUCUCUAACUCCAAUUCCUUCUCAGUUUUUUCCUGUCUCAGCUUCUCAGCUUUGGAGAAUUUUUCACCCCCGAGCUAAUUUUAUAUCUUAGCUUUUUUUUUUUGUUUAUACGCGCAUAUAAAAAUAAGUGAACGUGUUAAAACAGGCCGCUUCAUUGUUUUAUAACCGCAGCCCUGUGAAUUUGAUGCAGUUUAGGGCUCAAAUCCUUUUUUUUUAAAGCUUAGGAAAGCGUUAGCUGUUAUUUUUUAUAAUAUUUUUUGUACCUUUCAAAUGUUCUGCUGUUUCUCGUAUCUGCACUUUGACAGAAUGUCCCUUCCCUCCUCUAAUGUUUUUUGGCAUUAUUGCUGAGCAGUACUUCCAGAAGGCAGGUUUUAUUCCAA